UCUACUGUUUUUGGAGCCAGGCUGAAUUACUGUUUGGGCUUUCUGUUUUCUCUCUACUAAAGUUUCGAAGAAUUAAUAAUUAAGCUAACUCUGAAACAGUAAACCACCUGUUGGGCUGUUUCCUGAAGCCACAGCAGGAUUCAGAUACAGCACAAUUUGUUUUUGUUUUUUGGUUUUUUUAUGCCUGUAACAGAAGAUUCAACAAGAGAGCUCGCUUGUCCUUAUUUAAGCAGAAUAUUACUCUGUUCCAAUGCCAAUUCCAAGCAAGCACAUUGGGCGUUCUCAGAGCUGGGAUGCUGCAGGAUGGUAUGAAGGCAACUGGGAGAAUGAAAGUGCAUUUGAAUAUCAAAGAUCUCCAGGGAGGAGGAAUUCUUUAACCUACGGUGGUGAGGGAGUAUGGUAUGAGCAGCCAGUCCAUAGACCGCAUGAUAUCAUCUUGCAGGGAAGUAGUGAACUGAAGCAAGAGCCAUAUCCAUACCAGGAACCAGUUUUUAACCAGGGUCCUUUAAGAAAAAAUUCUGUACCUGACUUUGUUUGCUACGACCGGCAUCCUACGAUGUCUUCCCGAAGUUCCUUGCCACCUCAGGAUUACUACAGUGACCCAUCUUUAGCUGCCAGAUCUCUUAAAGAUCCACGCUGCUAUAGAGACCACAUGAUUAACAGAACAUUACCGAAUUAUGGCAUGCCCAGCAGCAGAUUGGCUUGGGAUCAGAUGCAAGGACGGUCACCUGCCCUACAUGAAGCCAGCCGGAUGUACAGAGACACCGCGACUAAAAUGGUCCCUGAGGCACAGAGAAUUAGAAGCAGAGAUCCUUCUCCAGCAAGGUAUGGUGUUGAAUCUUCCACACCACGAUAUGGAGCAGAACCUCUAACAUAUUCCAACAGGCCAGUUUAUAAUGACACAGUGGACAGAUCGAUGGAUUCUGCAGCUACUAGGCAAGCUGCUCCAACGUGUUUGGUAGUAGAUCCAAAUUCGUCUACAGCUACUGAUGGAAGUGUAGUUCUGCCUUCUGCGCCUGUAAACCGUGGUUAUGGACCCAUCAGAGAGAGUGUCAAUGCAAAGGUUCCUUAUGAUGGCUAUGAAACCAUCACAACCUCUUCUCAUACUCAGAUGUCUGCGCCUUUUCCCGGUCAGGACAUUAAAAGAAAUGUGGAUCCUGAUUUCUUAGCAUUUCUGCGUUCUGAAGGAGUAUCUGAAAGUACACUCAAUGCCUUGCUGCAACAAGGGUUUGAUUCCCCAAGCCUGCUAGCAAUGAUGGAGGACAACGACAUCAAGUCAGUAGCUCCAAAUCUAGGGCAAGCAAGGGUACUUUCUCGAAUUGCCCAUACUUACAAAGCAGAAAUUCAGUUGCAAAGACAGGAGAGAAGGAGCAACAUCCUUCGUCCCAGGCACAGAUCUAACAGCUUUAGUCACCGAAGUGAACUGCUUCAGAAUGAGUAUGGAAUACAUCCUAUGGCAGAUGGUACAGCAUUGCACCAGCUACCUCCUAUGUCUAUGCAGCCAGUCUCCCCAAGAGUAGCAGAACUAACUCGCCGUCCAUCUAGUGCUCCAACACAACACCUUCUGGAAACUGCAGCUUACCCUGCUGCAUCAGGUUUAACUCAUCAGGGCACUCCUUUCCUUCCCAGUUCUGGAUACAGUGCUCCUGUGCCAUGCAAUAUGCACACUCGUCCAGCGACAGGCUAUUCUUUUCCAUCUGGAUUAUCCAUGAGUGCGAUGCAGACAAACCCUCAUCCAAGUCCCAAAACAGCAUAUUCUACUACAUACACAGUACCCAUGGAGCUGAUGAAAAGGGAAAGAAAUCCUCCAUUGUCUCCAAUGCAGAGUCCUCAUAAUAGCCCUCAGCUCCUUCGAAAGCAAGCAUCCCAGAUGGAGCCCAACUUAGUGCCGGUGGGACCCAUGCAGCACUCUCCUUUUCCUAUGCACCAUUCUCCUUACCAAAAACAAACAAGACGCACAGGGCCACCUGUCAUUGUGUCCACAAUGGCAUCGCCUGAACCAAGUAUUCGCCCACAAAUAAUGAAUGGCCCUAUGCAUCCUCGCCCCUUGGUGGCUUUACUAGAUGGAAGGGAUUGUACUGUGGAGAUGCCAAUUUUGAAAGAUUUGGCUACUGUUGCAUUCUGUGAUGCACAAUCAACUCAGGAAAUCCAUGAAAAGGUUUUAAAUGAAGCUGUUGGAGCAAUGAUGUACCAUACUAUCACUCUCACCCGAGAAGACCUAGAGAAAUUCAAGGCCUUACGAGUCAUUGUACGGAUAGGCAGUGGCUAUGACAACAUCGACAUUAAAGCUGCAGGCGAACUUGGGAUUGCUGUGUGCAACAUCCCCUCAGCAGCAGUAGAAGAGACGGCAGAUUCUACUGUAUGCCACGUCCUGAAUCUCUACAGACGGAAUACUUGGCUAUACCAGGCACUGAGGGAAGGAACCCGAGUGCAGAGUGUGGAACAGAUCCGAGAAGUGGCUUCUGGGGCAGCUCGCAUUAGAGGCGAAACUCUUGGCCUGAUUGGAUUUGGUCGCACUGCGCAAGCAGUUGCAGUUCGAGCCAAGGCAUUUGGAUUCAAUGUGAUCUUUUAUGACCCAUACCUGCAGGAUGGCAUAGAACGGUCCCUGGGAGUCCAGAGAGUCUACACACUCCAGGAUCUGCUGUACCAGAGUGACUGUGUGUCAUUACACUGCAAUCUCAAUGAACAUAAUCACCACCUUAUCAAUGACUUUACGAUUAAGCAGAUGAGGCAGGGAGCUUUUUUGGUGAACACGGCGCGUGGUGGACUGGUGGAUGAAAAGGCGUUAACUCAAGCCCUAAAAGAAGGCAGGAUACGAGGGGCAGCGCUGGAUGUGCAUGAAUCAGAACCAUUUAGCUUUGCUCAGGGACCACUGAAAGAUGCUCCUAAUUUAAUUUGUACACCACACACUGCUUGGUACAGUGAACAGGCCUCGCUGGAGAUGAGAGAAGCGGCUGCUACAGAGAUACGGCGAGCAAUCACAGGUCGCAUCCCUGAAAGCCUACGAAACUGUGUGAACAAGGAAUUCUUUGUCACAACAGCUCCUUGGUCAGUAAUAGAUCAGCAAGCAAUUCAUCCAGAGCUCAAUGGUGCCACAUACAGAUAUCCACCAGGCAUGGUGAGCGUUACACCAGGUGGAAUUCCAGCAGCUAUGGAAGGUAUCAUUCCUGGAGGGAUUCCUGUUACCCACAAUCUUCCAACUGUGGCACAUCCUUCCCAAGCUCCAUCUCCUAACCAGCCCUCAAAACAUGGGGACAACAGGGAACAUCCCAAUGAGCAAUAGCAGAUCAUUUUAAGCACUCCAAUUUGGGACCAAGAGACAUUGGAAAAGAAAAUUAUACACAAACUGACAGGAAUUUGAUAUUAAAAAAAAUGAAAUGGUUGAUUUUGGACUAAUGCAUCAUGAUGUUCCAGUGUUAACUACAAGAAAAAAAGAUAUAGGAGUCAAGACUUGGGGGAGGGAGGGGGAUCGCAGAAGAAGUCACCUGCUUACUGAAGCACUGAAAACUAGGAUGUGAUGAUACAUUACUGAUCAACUUCUGUUAUUGUGUGUUUAAGUUUCCUUCAUCUUUACAUCAAUCACAAAAUAGUAUGUAUUUCUUCCCCUUUGGGGAAACAGCAAGUAACUUGCUGCUUAAAACAUGUCCAACAGUCCUAACAAAGCUUAAAUGAUAUAAAGAGGAAACCAUGAUGUGACUUCAGCCCUUUCCUUCCUCACUUACCUGGCUCCUCCUUGUACAGCCUGAGGAACGUUAACCCAGAAAUGGGGAGACUGUUUUUGCUCAUUGCAGUUGCAUAUGGCCACUAAUGUAUUGGAGGGAUGCUACUCAAAUGUAACUAGUUGUGUAGGUCAGGAAUCCUGGUAGGAGCAAGGGGGGGGAAGGCUUGCAUUGAAUUAGCUGCCUUUUCACCACAGGAGCGGACGCUUCUUCUACAAGAUACACUUAAUAAAGUAGCUGUACAUUCAAUAACACGUGCCGAUGAUGCAAAAAUGAAAGUGUUAAGUCUCACAUUUAUACUCAGAUAUAUUUUUCUCAGUUUUAAAGCCACAGCUAUUUUAUUGAGUGAAAAAGUCUUGAGCUGGAAAGGGUUCAAGAAUAAUGUUGCAUUUCCUUAUGUCUCAGGAAAAAAAACAAAACACUUUUUAUGGUAACUUGUCAGACUGUAUGAACAAAACCCACUUUUUUAGACAUUGAAGUCUUCUUUUCUUCAUGUGAUAUUUUAUACAAGAACACUUCAAAAUGUGUUAUUAGAUGUGACUGAUUUUAACAAAUCCUAUUAGAUUUGUAUCAACUAGUUACAUGUUAUAUUCAUAGUCUUUUGUGAAUCAUCGCCUUUUUGUUGAAAAAAGAUGGCCUAUUCUGAGCCUUUGUAUGGGUACAUUCCUGUUUCUGUGAUAAAAGUUUUAAAAGCUGUCCCAAACAGAAAAAAAAAACCAGAACCAAUGGCUACCAGAAAUAUGUUUUGUUUUAGUGUGUUACCGUUACUGUAUUUGUUUAUUGUAAAGGUGGACAUAUAGCGUUCAGUGCAGUUUUCAAUAAAAAGUGACGAUUUCUAUAA